AUGCAAAUUGACAGAUCAUAAUGUUGAAAAUUGGAAAGAAUAUUCCGACAAGGUUCGAGAGAUUAGCCACGAUGUUUAAGAGUGAUGAGGUGGCACGAGUGACAAUAUGUGAAAGCAGUGGAAGCGAACACUCACCUGAAACUGAAAGUUCAACUGAUUUAUCAGAUCUUGUGAAUUCGUUCAUGGAGAAGAGUUCUGUGAGAGCAGUACUAGGAAAAGAAGACGUGGCCGUUCUUCAUGAUAAGGAGAAUUGCAACAUUGAAUGGUUCGAUUAUUCGGAGAAGAAGGAAAUCCUGCAAGAGAUUUUUGGUUGUGGUUAUGAUGUAGUGAAAGAAGGGAUUAAAAGAGAGACUGAAAUUGCAAUUCAAGUUGUUGCUGGAGACAAGUCUUCUCCUGAAUACAAACGCCUCAUCAUGUCAUGCUUGCGGGAGAGAGGUUUUGAUGCUGGCCUUUGCAAAACUAAGCGGGAAACAAAAGGAAGAUUUAUAGCGGGUGACUACGAGUACAUUGAUAUGAAUUAUGGUGGAAAUCGAUACAUUGUUGAAAUAUCCCUAAUGUCUGAAUUCGAAAUAGCUCGUCCAACAAAUCAAUAUAAUUCUUUGCUUGAUGUUUUCCCAUUUGUAUUUGUUGGUAAAGUGGAAGAGCUAAAAAAGGUUGUGAGGCUAAUGUGUAAUGCUAUGAAGGACUCUAUGAAAACAAUGGAUAUGCCUGUUCCUCCAUGGAGAAGAAAUAGUUACAUGCAAGCUAAGUGGUUCAACACUUACAAGAGAACAACUAAUGAAGUUGCAGCUUCAAAGUUCAAUAUUGGAUUUGAAGCAAAACCUUUGAAAGCAUACAAUUACAGGGAUAAAUUUUUUGGGAGUAAAAUUGCUUCCAAAGUUGGCUAUUUAACUACUGCAUUCAAUGGCAUUGGAAUCUAAUUAAUAAUUAUAGUUAUA